AUGGCUGCUAGUCGAUUAAAUUCAUCACUAAACUUGAUUUCUCUACCAGAGGUAGAACAGUUGUCAUCUCGUGUUGUUAGAGUUCUUGGUCUCAAUCCUGGUAAUUUUACACUCCAAGGAACCAAUACAUAUUUAGUAGGACAGGGACACAGCGUUAUUCUUAUUGAUACUGGUCAAGAAAACAAGCCAGAAUAUGUGUCCUUGUUAAAGGAGACGCUGUCCAAAUUAAAAGCACGAAUUCAACAUAUUCUAAUAACACAUUGGCAUUUAGACCACACUGGUGGUGUCAAGGAAGUGUGUCAAAUGCAAAUUGCAUUAGGUAACUUUAAUAUAUCAAAAUUUCCUCGUCAGUCAUCUCUCGAAGAUCCCAUCACCUCUUGUCCUUAUCCUUAUUCCCAUCUAUCUAAUGGUGACAUCCUGCGUACUGAGGGUGCUGCUCUUCGUGUUAUAGCUACCCCUGGACACACUGAUGAUCAUAUUGCUCUUUUUUUAGAAGAAGAAAAUGCUAUUUUUAGUGGAGACUGCAUAUUAGGACAAGGAACUGCUGUAUUUACGGAUUUAAAAGAUUACAUGACCUCGCUGGAGAAAAUAAAGUCAUUAAAUCCUAGUAUUAUCUAUCCUGGUCAUGCUGUAUUAAGUGAUGCCAUGACAACCAUUACUGGGUACAUAGAACAUAGAAUGGAAAGAGAGAGACAGGAUGUAUCAGAGUCAUUGUGGAAAGCAGCUGCAAAUAAUGUAAUGUUACAUCUUUAUAAGCUGUCCAAAGAGAACCAAGCUAAUCUGCAGUUUAACUGUAAAAUAAAGGAGUGA